AUGUCAAAAUCUAUCGAUGAGGCCAGCAAAAAUCAAAAGAUUGCUGUUGAUGAGAUAACCAGUCAAUUUGAACUACCAGUUGAAAAAUUACGUGAAAUAGUAUCACAUUUUUGUGAUGAAAUGAAUAAAGGAUUAGAAAAUAACGGAAUGACUGUUGCUAUGAUACCUAGUUUUGUUACUGGUUCAUUAACUGGUAAAGAAGCUGGUACAUCUUUAGCACUUGAUUUGGGUGGAACUAACUUAAGGAUUUGUCAAAUUGAUUUUAAAAAGGAAGGGAAACAUCGUAUAAAACAACAAAAAUAUAAAAUAUCAGAGGAUCUUAAAAGAUCUGAGGCACACAAAUUAUUUGAAUUUAUAGCUGAUUGUGUUGAUAAAUUUUUAUCAGAAGAAUUUGACAGUGAUUUAAGCAUGGGAGAAAAAUUAAAAUUGGGAUUUACAUUUAGUUUCCCAGUUGAACAGACAGCCAUUAACAAAGGCAAGCUAAUACACUGGACAAAAGGUUUUGAUUGUCCAGGUGCUGCUGGAAAAGAUGUAGUAUUUAUGUUACAAGAAUCUUUGAAUUUUAAAGGUGUUCCUGUUGAAGUUGUUGCUUUAAUCAAUGACACUGUAGGUACUUUGUUAGCACAUAGUUAUGAACAUCCUAAUACUCUUCUUGGUGUUAUCUUUGGUACUGGAACUAAUGGUGCUUUUUUAGAAAAAAUUUCCAAUAUUAAAAAAUUAAAAAACUUUACUGACACUGAAGAAAAAAUGAUUGUUAAUAUAGAAUGGGGUGCUUUUGAUAAUGAGAGAAAGGUAUUACCACUCACAAUGUUUGAUAACAAACUUGAUCGUAAAUCAAUUAAUCCACGUGAACAAAUUUUUGAAAAGAUGAUUUCUGGAAUGUAUCUUGGACAAAUUACACAAAACAUUUUAUUAAACCUUAUAGAUCGUGGAUUGUUAUUUGGUGGAUUUUCUUCUCAAAUUUUCAAUAAACAUUAUUCAUUUGAAACUGCUUACAUGUCCACAAUUGAAGAUGACAAAAGUCCAAAUUUAGAAAAUACAAGAAAGGUUCUGGAAGAAUUAUUGAAUAUACCAAGCACCACAUUGACUGAUAGACAAAUUGUUAAAAAAAUAUGCCAUUUAGUAGGUUUACGUGCUGCAAGGUUAUCUGCUGCUGCAUUAGCUGGUGUAAUUACACAUUGUGAUGUCAUCGAAUGUGGAUGUGAUAUUGGUAUUGAUGGUUCAUUGUUUGAGUCUUAUCCAAACUUUAAAGCUCAUAUAUAUGCUGCACUUGGAGAAUUGUUUGGAUCGAAUUCUGAAAAGAUUGUGAUUAACGUGGCAAGGGACGGUUCUGGCGUUGGUGCUGGUAAUUAUAAAUAA